UAUUAUCACUACUUCAUCCCUAAAAAUGCGCGCGCAUCUUUGAAAAAUGUUAAGCGUCUCAAUCACUGUUGCCUCGAUGCGAUUUGUUGCAGUUCACCCUUCUCUGGCAGUUGUUUGCUGCACUUCACCCGCAAACUAGAGUUACAUUCUUGGUUAUUUUGAAUAUAUUUUCGGCUUGCAGUCUUAACAUGGUGGAGAUCCAAAUAUAUGGUGCCCGUUGGAGGCCAAACAAUAUUCUUCCCAAUUCUUUUAUGUGGAUACGGGAUAUGAUACUCAACAUUCAACCCAUAUGGUCCGUUCCAUUGGAAAUAAGCACGAUCCUCUUUAUUGCCUUAAACACCUACAAAAGUCUGUACGCCACCGAUAACAGUUACAUGUCACAUCGACUUUUCGUGGUGGGCUGCACAUUCAUCACAUUGCUUCUUGAAACGCCAUUCGUAACCAGUUUCGCCAUCUUGCUUUUAAAUUUCUUACUGUGUUUCGCACUUUCCUUGUGUAUAUUGUGGAAUGCAAACAUAGCAGUGCUAGCUUUACCCAUCUACGUAUCAUUUUCCCAACCGCUGAGUUUUUUAGUAGACUUGAUCUACGUACUUCGCUCAGCUGCUUUUUGUGUGGAAACAGAUUCCGAAGAAUUCGUUUCACAGACUGCUUUUUAUUCCAUCAUGAGUAGCAUGCUUUUAAUUACCAUCGAUUGGGAAAGUAGUGUUCUAGAUCAAACGACGGUCACUGUGUGUUUUUUACUUCUCCACAUUUUAUCAACACUUGUGUAUCUUUUUUAUUACGGAACUGAGCAUUUUAGACUGAGAAUUCAAUGGGCUAUUUUCAUUUCCUUCCAACUGGUAAUAAAUGCUACAAUUAAGCAUUUCUACAAGGGAGAAAAGCUUACAUACUCUUUUCAGUAUUUUAAAUCCCUGUCUAAAAAAUUUUAGUAGCAGUUUGUAUUUAUCUUGUUGUUCUUUCAAAAAUGUAUGUAAUUGACAUUUCUUUUAAAAAUAAAUUUUUCUUGUGAUUGUUCA